AUGGAGCGAGGCAAGAGAUUCUGGGAGGAAUCGGAGAUGACCGACCGCUACAGUCCGGCACCCAAUUCGGUGGAUUCGGGCUUCGAGUCGGGACCUUGCUCGCCUGACUCUAGCUCUUGCAGCAGCUCGGUUGUUGAUUCAUCAGCAGUCCAACUGUCGCGAAAUGAGCCUCCGACCAAGAUACGUAGAUACGGCGCGAAGAUAGGAACGGAAAAGUUAUCCGAAAACAAACCGGAAAGAGAAUCGUUUGUUGAUGAGGAAGCGAAAGACGACGUCUCCAGCACUGCGGAAUCAGGUUCUGCACGUUCCGUUCCAUCCAGUUCGCCCGAACCUCAACCCGAACAAGCUCAUCAACCGGAAGAACCGUCCACAUCCGCCGACGAAUAUGAACCCCGCACUUCGGCUGGCUUCAAUUGUCUAUGGGCCGGCUGUCAACAAAGUUAUGGCGACGUCAACGACUUGUAUGACCAUGCGGUUCAAGAGCACCUUUCUAUUAUUCCCCUCCAAAACAUUUCAAACGGCACUAAACGACGUAAUUCUGAAGCUUCUGAGAAACGUUUCCAAUGCCAAUGGCGUGGCUGUGAGAUGACGUUAAAGCGGGGCUCAGCAGACAAAAAGGUAUGUUCGAAUUGGGGUUUUAUGCGUCCCUGUCCACGCACUGAAUUAUUCUCACGUUUGACGUUGUUUGUUUACAGUUGGAAUGGCUCAGUUCCCAUUUCCGCGCCCGGCACGCCCCCAGGGCUCAGCCAUUCAAAUGUUUGCUAGAGGAUUGUACUAUCAGGUUCCAGACACAGAAGGCGCUUCACGCUCAUCUCAGAAACUCGCAUGAUGAUAAGCCUGGUAAGAGAUUUACAUGUAUUCAUAUAGUUUAGAGAUUAGUACUCCAAUAGCCAUUAAUCAGAUAAGAUUUAAAUUACACUUAAUGAAUUCGAAAAUCUUUCAGUCUAAUUAGUUGCAAUUAACCGACAAUUGUCAAAAUUACUGGCUUUGCAUAACAGAAGGGUUUCUUGUAAUCUCGUGAAGAUUAGUCGCAUACCACUAUCUCUCUUUAGCUGGAAAUCCAACUAAUCUGAUCUUCUUUACAGGUAAAAAGUGUCAAAACAUCCGAAUCGAAAAGUCUUCAUGCUUCACAUAUAAGCCACCAACGAGGUCAACUGAUUGUAAGUUAUUCUAAUUACAUUUCCGCGAGAUUUGCAUGUCCACAGAAGACUCAGUGGACUCAUGCCACAGCACGAAAUCAUAAAUUCUUUUCUUUAAGACGGUCUCCUGGACUUUAUGGAUGAUAGAACCUACCAACACAUUGCAAACAGACUGGAGGACAUGUUUGGGGCGUUGGAAAAGAGUUCUCCUGCACUGGUCGGAACUCCUUGUAUCCCAAAACACAAGACGAUUUCCCUGCUCAGCCAGAUUUUCCCUCACAAAUUCUAA